AUAAAUUAAAUCGCCAGCUAAUAUUCGUCAGCAGUUUAGUGCAGCUCAUUACGGAAGGUAGACCACUCUGCAAAUUUUGCCAACAUGUCAAAAAACGAAACUAAAAGUUUGCCAGUCCAUGAAAUGGACACAAAUAUAUUAUUUGAGAAAUAUUCAGUUGAUGAGAUUAGGGAUAUCGAAAAAAGGACAAGAGCUGAUAUUGAAAGAAAGAAAGAAGAUUUAAGGACCAUGGUUGGUGAGAGGUACAGGGACUUGAUAGAAGCAGCUGAUACCAUAGCUGAGAUGAAAAAUAGUGCAGAGAAAGUGAUGUCAACAAUAGGACGGAUUGAGACACUCUGUACAGAGUUGAAACACAACCAAAUGGUGAAAAGUUCUUCUCUACAGCUGAAAAAGAAACAGGAAAUAGAAAUAAGAAGGAAGGAAGAAGCGAAGUUUCACGAGGUUGCCUCACAAAUUAAACUUCUACUGGAUAUCCCAGAGAAGAUGUGGACAUGUCUAGACUGUGAGGACUAUUUAUCAGCCAGCAGACUGUAUCUUCUAGCUCAACAUAUCAAUACCAGUCUACAGCUCACCUCCCAGAAUGCUCCCAACUUCCUGUACUGGUUCCCUGUGCUCAAUAGACAGUGGGCCGCCAUCAGUCACUUUAAAAUAACCAUACUGCAGGGUUGUAGAAGACUGAUAAAAGAGACCACAGUAUCUGAUCAGAAAAUAGCUGACAGUUUGUGUUCGAUUUUGUUGCUGGAGAACUCUAAUCCUAGACAAGUGUUUAAUGAAUUCCUCCUAGCUAGAACAUCUGCUAUACAACAGUUGUUUCAUGUGAACAGUGAUUCACUGGGAACUAAGGAACAGAUAUGUACAGUUGUUCAGUUGAUUACUACAACCAUACAUCAGAUCUAUGCUGUGUUUUAUACAGCUGAGGGACAAGAUACCAGUGAUGACACAGAAUGCACAAAUCUGUUGUUGAGAACCCUCACAAAAGUGACCACACAGAAACAACAUGAGAGUGGUUUAUUAGAUUUACACAGCUCUGUCUCAGCUAGAUGUUUGCCAACAUCUGUUACAGAUUUUUGUCCCAGUCAUAAGUCAGUCUCACUGGGUGUAUCACAGCAGCAUCUCCAUGACAACUGUACACAGUGGAUACAAACGUGUAUAAAUGAUGUGAAGUCCGGUGUUACUACACUAUUGAAUUUUGUAAAUACUGUGAAACAUCUUGCCUCCAUCAGAGAUACAGUGUGGGAGCUUAUGUCACAGGAUAUAAGUUUGAAGGAUUGGACAGUUGUAUGUGAGAGUGUCCUCAGUAAUUCUCUACAUAUCUGGGAUGAUCUCCUACGCCCACUCUUUGUUGACAGAGUCAAGGCUUUGAUAAAAUAUCAGUUGGAAGCUACAGUUGAGAUCACAGAAAGACAAAUGAAUAAAGUUAUCGUAGAACUAGAUGAUGAAAAUAGCAGCCGACUAUGUGUUGAUACAGAUCUGGCCGGAUAUAUCUGGUCAGAGAGUCCAGGAGACAUAGCUGCUAACACUGCCUGGGGUAUGGCAGGGUCAAGGUCAUUGCUAGAGAGUGGAGGUCUGAUGAUGAAAGCAAAGGCUUAUACUCCUAUUGUACAAACUUUCUGUAAGACGUUUGACGGAGAACUAGACGCUGUCAGUGAGGAUUACAAGUUCUACAUCUUCACAGAUGCCGAGACAAUGAGUGUUGCCAUAGAAACGACACCAUUCAACCAGUCCUCUGUUUCUACUAGCCUGCUUACAUUUGUACAGACAUCAUGUAUGGAAUGUGUACAAGGAAUUUUAGAGUUUCUAACCAAGUUACUGGAUGACUGCAGAGCUGAUUUAUCUUCAUCAAAGCUGAGAUGUUCAAAUAUUGGUAACAAACUGUUAUUAUCAGGGAGACUGUGUGCAGCCAUGUGUGACCUUACCCCACACUUACAGCAGUGUAUGAUGGGAAGUGAACAAGUCUCUAGAAUGGAUAGAUCUUUGUUAAAGAGGUCCACAUCAGGAAGGCAUGUUAUAGGGAAACAAGAAUCUAAUGUCAUCUGGGAAAAUAUUAAAUCUCAACUCAUAAAAUACCAGCAGACUGCUUUCAGGUUAUGGAUAGACCAUGUGAUAGAGGUAGGACUUGGACAGUUUACAAUGGCAGUCAAUGCUGUAACACCUGCAGAGCUGAUUGCAACUUGUUCCAGGUGGGAUGAAGUAUCUAUAGAGGAAGAGACUGAAGAUGGCAAGAAAAUCAUGUCUAAAAUAUCAGUUCCCAUGCAGGCUUCCUGGUACAUGAUGUCAUUAUUGUACAGUCUGUGUAAUGAUUUAAACAAUAUUGGUGGACAUGCUGUAGCCAGGAGUGUUCUGGAGCACCUGGUGUGUAGUUUGUCAGAUGGGAUAAUUAACACAUAUAAAGCAUUGUUAAACCAGUCGUCAACUGAUAAGGAACAUUGUGUUAACCAACAGAGGGCGCUUCAACUUAUCUUUGAUGUGAAGUUUUUACGUAUGAUCAUACCCAGGAAAGAUGAUAGUCCGGAGAGCAAGAGGUAUCAGAAGACUAUUGAAGAAGUUCUGACCAGAUUAGAGGAGAUUGUUGACCCCUUUGACCUUGAUGUUUUCUCACCAUUCAUGCAGGCAAACUUGACUAAAGUGCUUCAAAGAUCAGCUGUGCUACUAGGUGGACUGACAAGUUUGGACAAGUCAGGACUGUAUGGACUUACAACCCGGCCGGCUCCCAGCUCCCAGCAGGAACAACAUAAUGUACUCAUGUUGUCUACAUGUCACAGCCGAUUCUCAUUGCUACCACUAAGUGUACAACAGUCAAGGAUGGGAGUACCACAACCUGUGAUUAGUCAGACACUUUACAGGGGUGGUGAAACAAGUGGUCCGAGUCUAGCAGAGACCGCUGCAGCUGUAUUACCACAUAACGUUCAACAGAAGAUGAACACGAGCUCGUCAUUCUACGAUCGUAUAGGCAGUAUGUCCGACAUAUCUAACUGGUUUUCUAACAUUGCACACAAGUCAUAGAGUAACAAGAGUUGAGACUGUGUACAGUGGCUAAAGUGGUGAAGUCUCUCUGAGCACAUCACUUCUGAUAUCAGGAUCAUGAUUCUUGAUUAUGACAUUUGUACAGAAGUAUACAACCUGUAAGAACUUGUUGCAGAUGUACAAUAUUGUGAAAAAUGGGAUUUUCAUGGAUGAACUUUAUCACAUAAUGUUUUGGUGCAUAUUUUUUUACUUAAUGUGUAAAUACUAGGGUUUAUUUAUAGUUGGUAUGUGUUGAAUAUGUCAGACAUAUAUUAACAUAGUGGGGUUUAUGAUCAUGUAAAAAAGUGGACAUUUUAAUUUAUGUUAAAUUUUGUUUAUUUGUGAUGGUUAAAUGAAUAUAUGUAACAUUUUUUUUUUAUCUAAAAAUAGAAUAUUAUUUAUGAUAUGUUAUGCUUUUAUUUGAAAAUAUUAAACUGAAUAAGAAAAAGAA